AUGGAACCUCCUCAUUUCAAACAAGGGCCGCCAACAAAUUCUAGCGACCCAUCGCCGCCAUAUACGGAGAUCGCAUCGCCCCCUCCAUAUUCGAACGUCCCAUCUGCAGAGUAUCUCAACGAGAUGUUUAGAUAUUUCUACCUCCGCAACAGGAAGGACAGCUGCAAGGCUACUCUUGCUGAUUUCCUUGCUAAAAAUAAAGAUUACACCUUUGAGCUUCACAACAAUGAUGAAAGCCUUUGGCUCGUGCUACCCGAAGAUUCUUACAUGUCAAUGAAAUUUGAAAAGCUUCGGAAAAUACGCAGAAGGCUAGAAGAUGCAGCGAUCAAAGGAAAGCUUUUCCACUACUGGGAACGUGAUGUGGAAAGGAAUCAGUACGUUGAGCGGGGAAUCGUAGAAGCGAAGUUGAGGAACGAGUACCAACAAAGGCUGGAGAAGGACAAAGAGUUCAGAAAUAUGGAGGCCACGAAGCCAGCCUCACUCAUAUCAGCAGAGCUUGACCGACGUGUACUUAGUUUGUUUAUGGGAUGGUGA